AUGAUUCAAAUCCAAAAGGAUCAUGCAAUUGCGGAUGAGACAAAAAAAAUCGUUGCACAUGAUGAAGCAGCUGCUUCAAAAAAAGCAAGUGAAACUCAAGCUCUUAAAGACGAUGCCCAGCGUGAUCUAGACGAAGCACUUCCAGCACUCGAAGAAGCUGUGGAGUGCGUUAAAAAGUUAAAAUCAGACCAUAUACGGGAGGUGAAGGCACUGACAAAGCCGCCAUCAGGUGUCAUUCUCACGAUGGAAGCUGUAUGCAUCAUGUUUGGAGUUCCUCCCGUGAAAAAACCUGAUCCUUCGAGACCCGGAGUAAAAAUUGAGGAUUAUUGGGAAUCUGCUCAACAUAGGCUUUUGAGGGACCCAAAGAAGCUUCUUGAAGACCUCCUAAAGUAUGACAAGGAUAACAUCCCGGAAUCUAUCAUUUCAACAAUCAGCCCCUACAUUGAGAGAACCGACUUUGACCCAGCAGCUAUCCGCAAAGCAUCUGUUGCAUGCGAGGCUAUUUGCAUGUGGGUACGCGCGAUGUUCAAGUACUACAAUGUCGCAAAGAUUGUGGAGCCAAAGCGAGUCAAAUUGCGGCAGGCCGAAUCUGAGCUGCUCGCCACUACAGAGAAUCUAGAGAAAACGAAGGCUAGGCUUAAGGAAGUAGAGGAUAAAAUUGAACGUCUUGCGAGCGACUUCGCUCUUGCUGUUGAGAAAAAGGUGAUGCAAAAAGGCCGCGAAAAGAUGGCUUUCAGCUUAAUGAAGGACUGA